AUGAUGACGGAUACAGCUGCGCAACAGCAAACAGAUAUUAAUGGUCAAAUUUUGGUAACAUAUUCUGAACGCGAAGCUUUGAUUCAAAAAUUAACUACAAAAUGGACGUUGGAUUUAUCAAAGAGAAUUGAAAUGCUUUCAUAUACCAAAUCAAAUGGAGUUAAAUCUAUUUAUUUUAAACUUGUUCAAAGUUAUUAUCAACAAGUUCAAAAUGCAUAUCAAAAUCGAAAUCAACAACAACAACAACAGCAGCAGCAAACAUCAUCACAAGCAUCGAAUAAUAAUGGGGAAUACUUAAACCAGCAAUUAAAUCUGUCACAACAACCAUCAGUACCUAUGCUUGUUCAAACACAACAUCCGUUAAAUACAACACUCAAUCAGCAAAUUCACUGUCCUUCAACACAACAAUUAUUACAAUUUCGUAUGACAAAUCCGCAAACAAGUGUUAUUAACACCCAACCAAGUGUUCUGAAUCACGGCGUACGAUUACGUGAACCACAAAAGUUCAAUUCAUCAUCUCUUAAUGCAGUUCCAUGUGCACUCUCAUCAUCAUCAUCAUCGUCGUCGCCGUUGGCCUCGUCGUCGUCAUCUUCAUCAUCAUCAUCAUCAGCAGCAGCAGCAGCAGCAGCAUUAAAUUUAACUUCAACGCCACUCACAGUACAAACAAUGGAUUUGUCUCAAAAUUUUACAGCUCAGCAACCGAUGAAUAAUACAAGUCUAAAUGAUUAUUUAUCUCAACCAUCAAUACUUCAAAGUAGAUAUUUAACUCAACAAGCAAUCAAUUCAAGAGUACGUCCAACAAUGAAUUUAAGUGGGAAUUUUUCACAAUCAUCAAUCGCGAAUAAUGCAAAUGAUAUUUUACAUCAAUUUGUUGUUGGAAAUCCAUCAGCUAAUUCAAUGGCGGCAUCAUCAUCAUCAUCAUCAUCAUUAACAACAUCAACGAUGAUAACACCAAUGACAAAUACGCCUUCAACCGGUGAUCGAUUAUUACAACAAAUACUUUUGUCUAAUAAUGAUGGAAUAUCGAACAAAAUACCGAUACAAAGUCGUCAACCAUCUUUACAACAAUCAACACCAUCGAUAAUGUCGCAACCAAUCCGACCCGCUAAUACAACAACGAACAGUAAUAUUACAAGCAGUAUCAAUCCUGCUCGAUCAUCAUUAAUUGCUCAACAAUUAUCAACUGCACAAUCAGCUACUCUAAUGUCAACAAUAGUUCAAACAUCAAAUAUUCAAGUUCCACCAUCAAAUAAUGUCACUUUUCAACGAAGUCCUCUGAAUAACAACAAUAGUCCAUUUUCUGUAAAUAUACAAACAAUCCCAUCACAAUCAUCAUCAUCAUCAUCAUCAUCAUCAACAACAACAACAACAACAACGACUAAUAACUCAGCAUCAUCAGUUAACAAUUAUUCAUCGCCAAUCAAUCGUUCAUUACCAAUAUCAGGAAGUGGUGCCAUUUCAAAUCCUGAUGAAGAAAUCAUCAAUUUAAUAAAAUAUCUAAAAGAAAAUCUUAGUAAAUUACAAGCAAUAUGUCUAAAAUAUACAAAUGAAGGUCAACCAGAUAAAGCUCGUAAUGCACAAGCUAUUCAUCAACAAAUGGUUCAAUUUAUCAAUAAUCCAACAUAUGAAAGCUUAUCAAAUGCAAAACAUAUUCGUGAUAAUCUUGAACGAGCUUCGAGUCGGCCACAACAAUCGAAUGUAUCAUUAACAACGGCACCGAUGCCAAAUAAUCCAACAGGUCCUCAAGUAAAUAAUUUUCAUCAAUUCGAAAAAGCAAUUAAUGAAUAUAUUUCACGUGAUCCAAAAGAACGAAUUUUUUUAAAUAAAUUAUUUGUUGAACCAUUAAACAAUGUUAUCGAUGGUUUUCCACAUAAGAAAAUGCGUCUUGAUAAUGAGACUAAUUUAAAUAAAGUUAGAACAACAGAAAAUUUCUCUCCAUUAAAUCAAUCGUCAUUAUUAUUUCGUCUGAAUGAUGAACUUGUUUUAUUACCAACUAAUAUUUUUCUAAUUGAAUAUUUACCACUAUCACAUACUAUAGUAAAUAAUGAAGUCAAUGAUGAAUAUUUAAGUAAAAAUGGUAUUGUUCUUCGAUGUAAACUAUCAGAAUUACCAUAUCCUCUUGUACCACCAUUACGGUUACGUAUUUCAACACGUUAUCCUCAAGAACAACCAGAAAUUUUAUCAUUAUCACAAGCAAUGCCACCAAAACUUGAAUUUACAGAUGAUCAUCCAUUUUUUCAACGAAUUUCGGCAUUAUUUGUUUCUUAUCUUUUUAAAUUACCUUCUCGGCAUACUGUGACUGAUAUUCUUAAUAUUUGGCGUCAAUCCGUCAAAGCUGCUAUGUAA